AUGCUCUCAGACAACGAGCAUCUUCAGCCUACCCAAUUGCAACUGGAUAUCGCAACAAAUCAAGCUCGAACCUAUUGGCAUCAGCUUGCCGAGAAGGUUAUUGCGAACCAAGGCGGAGUCCAUCUUGGAGCAAGUGUUUUACAGAACCUGCUAUGCAGAGUCCCUUCGAUACCUACUCAGCCCCUGGCCAUUAACGAGAUACUCUCCUCCGAUGGCGCCACGAAAUCAGUUCUGGCUCCUGCGUUAUCAACAAUGCACGUGGUUGAGCCGGGAUGCGAAGUCGGAGGCAAGUCUAAGGAAAAUCGAGCAACGGUCUUGAUAGGCAUCCAGACGCCAACCUCCUGUCAGUUUACUGGAGACACCUUCCGUCAAUGGCGAACGACGGGAACUGCCAAGCCAUAUUCUUCAAACUACAUCGGGAUCUUGUCUCUUGCUUGGUCCUAUAUUCUCUCCGCACGUUUGUUGGAACUUCAAAACCAAGAUGGAGCUGAGCUUGUUUACACUAGCUCAACGGCAAGAGCUCGCAGGAUCGAUGUCGUGGGUACAGACGAGUCAAAGCGUCCAGGCUCGCAAGUGAUUGAAGUUGAUAUCGGGGAGGUCGAUAUCAACGUUGCUCGAUGGUGGAUGGCCAUUCUAGCCCCCAGCCAAGGGUGGAAGGCAGUCUUCACCAAAAGAAAUGAUGAUGUCUAUCUGGCACCUUGGUCAAUUGACUUGGGAGCGGAGGCAUUAUUCGGAGUCAUAUGGCAAGCCAUAGGGCCUUCUGCGCCAGACUUCGUCGAAUGUUUCCCACUUUCCUCCCAAGAGGCCUUGACGGCUCUGUCUGAUUUCUGCUUGUUAUAUGGCCUUGGAGAUCAGUAUUUUGCCGCUUUUGCAGCAGCAUUGACAUAUCCGACACACAAAUAUUACGACCAAGGGAUCGAGUUACCGUCGCCAACCAUUGCACUUGACAAAAUGGAAACCACGCCGGACAAAGCAAUGAGGAACGAAUAUCUCGCACUUGGUGAAGACCUUGCCUAUCAUAUGGCCCUGAGUUGCAACCCUAAUGUCGUGAUGUCAAGUCUUUCUGGAUCUUUCUGGGAGCCUGGUAUCCCCUGCAACCUUGUUAGUCCUUGGCUGCAUCCUGUUAUGGAAGAACUGCCAAAGAGAUCUGGAUUAGCAGAGGGACCAACUCGGUACAUUGAAUUGAUCACUUUAAUGUGCGGAACCCGUCGUCCGAACCUGUUUGCUCUUUGGAUAGGAGCUGCAUUAAGUGGGCUUGUGCCCAAGGUCAUUAAUCUUGCCAAAUCUGGAACGCCUCCUCUCGACCCAAUUGGAUUUGCGUGGACUGCCUCAGUGCAGAGCUUUAUGGAUGUUGCAGGCUCAGGACCGUAUUUUGAUUGUGAUGCGUACGGGGAAUCCACAAUCAAAAGAGAAGAUGCUUGGAGACUUUUGUAUCUUCCUGUUCCGGAAGAUGAUGGGCUAUAUUAUAAUAGUCUCCCAUUUUCUCCUUGGCCCCCCGUAGGGCAAAUGAAGGAGAAAAACUGUGCUUUACGGGUCCGAACGCAUAAAAAUUGCCCAAGGCACUCUCUGACCUAUCGUGACUGGAGAUGGCAACUCCGGGAUGGUACAAACUUACACGACAGAGGUUUUCGGCUCCAAAGCAAUAGCAUUUUGCAGCGAGAUCAGUCUGACAUGUCGCCCAUAAAUCCCGGAUGUCAUCCACAGUCACAAACUCCUCUUUCUCCAACGCUGACUGCGUCACGUGAAGCCUCGUUUGAAAUCUUUCGGUGGGUGUUGGCAAACCAUGAAGGAAAGCCACACUCUGAACCUAUAUAUGAUGACGACUGGAUAGCGGGCUGCGAAAACACGGACGGUUCGCUUGCAGAAGAAGAGAGCAUUGCCGACAGUGACUCUGGCGUACCAGAUGUGAAUUCUUCGGAUGUCUGCAAUGGAUUGUCGUCCGCUCCACGAGGAAGUCGCAUAAUGCAAUGGGUCGAUAAUAUUCCUAGCACAGAUCAUUAUCCAAGCCGAUUACCCUCCCAAGAGAAUGGGCGAGAUCUUUGA